UAGUUUAUAUAAAUCGCAAUAGAUUUAAGAUUUAAUGCUUAGAAAGUUUAAACACAGAAGGAUUUGGUUUAUGAUUUUUAUAUAUAUACAUAUAUCUAUAUAUAUAUAUAUAACAAUAAUAAUAAUAAAAUAAAAUAAAAGUCACUGCAGAUAAAGUUGAUAUACCUGUUUAGCUAUACUACAUCGAAACGUAGAUAUAUAAAUUCAACUCUGUUGAGAGAGAGAUUUUCAGUCGGUGCAUUCUACAACGACAUUUCGAUUGUAAUUUGACCAUUUAAGAGAAAUUUCGAAUGUAAUCGGGCGGUCCUUGUUCCAUUAUGUAUUGACUGGUGACAGAUUCACUGCAGCAGCAUCAAAACCAAUUGACAAGCGAAUGAUGCGGAUCGUCUCGAUCAGCUGGGAGUCAUAUGGGAUCAUUAAAUACCGAGGUUUUCUGUAGAAUGCAGAUAAUGUUGAUGAGGAUGAUGAGAAGGAAGGAAGAUUUCCAGACGCUGACACAGCAGUGGGCAAUCGUUCUAUCACUGAUUCUUACACUGGAAGGGUAAACAUUUUGACUGGCCAUUUCUCAUUUCCAGCAGUCAAACCUCAUGGACCUCAGAGCUCAGAGAGACAAGAGCAGGGCCAGCUACUUUGGAAAUGUUAAGAACAGAUUGGGAUCAAAGCUGCCGGCUGGUAUUUCUCAGCCUCCAGGCUUCAUUACUGCUCAGUGUUCCAUUGGUGCUCAGGGUGCACUGGGGAAGAGUGCUGGACAGGAAUGUGUCAAAGGACAUCACCAAAUCCGGAACCCCAAACUAAGACAGUACUAUCUAAAGGAGGCGGCAUUUCCAGCUAAAGAUCCAGCAACGAAGGCUUUGGAGUCAUGCAAAAAAAUUCAACAUGGAUUACCUAAGAACAAGGCCCCAACCUCUACAGAGACGGCAAUGGACCUGCAUCCUAGACAAGAGCAAAGACUCAAUCCUGCACUCGGCAGUGGUGUUGUGGGAGCAGCGACCCUUUUGUCCCCUUCCACAGAUGCAGAAUAUGACAAGCUGAUGGAUGUGGAGGCGGUUCCUUUACCUGAUGGAAAUGUAUGUCUAUUGGCUCUCCCAUCUGAAUGCUCUCAGGUGGACGGGGCAGCCGGCAUGUCUUGCCUCAAACUAUUUUCUCGUUACAUCACAGACAGAAAGGGUGUGGUCUCUGGAAUAUUGCUGGUGACGUCCAAUAAGAUCUUCUUCGAUCCUCAAAAGUCUCACCCACUCGUUCAGGAGAAUGGCUGUGAAGAAUAUGUAUUUUCCUGCUCUGUGGAUGAUCUUUCCUCAAUUUCCUUCUACACGGACAUCUCUCACAUUCACUUUAACAAGACAACUUACAGAUUUAGCAGUUGUAAGCCAUCAAAUACUAAAAAAGAGCACAAGAAAACCCAUCAGGCAGCAUUAGAGGCCGCUCCUGCUCCUCCCAAGUGCCCUGUUUCACAUAAUACGACAACAAUUUCGGCUGUAAAUCCUGAGAAAGAGGAUGAGGAAGGUGAAGAGCCAGGGGACAUGGCCAAAGCUGAGAGACAGGUGACUUUGGAGUCUGGUGGAAUGCUAACAACGGCUGCUACUUUCUGUUGUGGAGGACCAGACAGCGCUGAGAGAGGAAACAAAGCAUAUGAACACACAGACAGAACAGAACCGCAAUCAUAUUUGGAAAGACAACUGUUGGGUACUUGUGGUGCUACAUCCAGUAGUGGUAUAAAUGGAUCUCUGAUGUUUGUGAGAAUUCGACACAAACUUCAGUAUGUGAAAAAAAAGGCCUUCUCAAAACCUAAAAUCCCCUCCAGAGACGCCUGGUUCACCCUGCAUCAGGAAAGAUCAGAUGAGCUUUACGCUUACCUCAGCCAGCAUCGGCAAGAUCUGUGCAUUCUGGAGGGAGGUGAAGAGGAUGAAGCAGAACGUGAUGAAGAGGAUUUUGUGCUUCUGGAUGAGGAGGAGCAGGAGGAAGAGGAGGGGUCUCCACAUGAAGGCCAGGCCGGGGAGGACUGGGAGGAUAUCCGUAAAGUAUUCUCCGUUGAGGAACUAGUGAAGACAAACAGUUUCCCAAUCUCUCUGGCUUCAGGGACAUCGGAGACUGUGACUUCCGGCAGUCCUUUACCUCUGUCCCUCAGGCCAUCAUCGCCUCUUCCACUCGCCCCAUCUACUCCUCUUCGACCCUGUCCGUCACCCAAACGCAGCCCCUCGCCUUGUUCAAUUUCAGUUUUCCCUGCCCCAAGCAUCUCCCCCUGUUCCGAUGCCUCGCCAUCUUCCACUGACACAAUACCUCAGAGAAAGUCUGCCACUGAAUAUGCCUCGCUGAGGAGACUGUAGCAGCUGGACUGGGAGAAGGAGAGGGCCAUGCAGCAGGACAGUGAGGAUCUCAGAUUCGCUGCUGUCAUUGCAGACAUGUUGGCAAAAAUCAAUCCUCAGCUGAAGUCUGAGGUUAAGUUCAAGAUCUAUCAAAUACUGUAUGAGGCUGGGCAAAAAAAACACACGUAACAGAUCAUGUUUUUACUGAGACUAACAUUGACAAUUGUUUAUAGGAAAUAAUAUUUUUAAAUAUAUUUUGCAAAUAUGUGUAUACUUUUUUGUGUGUGUUUAUGCAAAGAUUUAAAUAAAAAUUUGAAAAUAUUUUUAGUUUUAUUUGUACAUUUCAACAAGUAUUUGUGUAUUACAUAUUGCAUAUUGAAUAAAAAUUUAAAAUUGAACUGGAGUUUUUUUUUUUUAAUAGAGAACAGUUUGGUCAAUUUUUUUAUUCUGUAUAAAUAUGCUAAAAUAUAUAGUAGUGUGUGUGUGUAUAUAUAUAUAUAUAUAUAUAUAUUAGGGGUGUAACGAUACGCGUAUUCGUAUUGAACCGUUCGGUACGACGCUUUCGGUUCGGUACGCGGUACGCAUUAUGCAUACCGAACGGUUCGUUGGACUAAUUAAUUAUAUUUGGAAAAAAAAAAGAGAAAUAUAAUGAUAUGCGUUCAACAAGGUAGCCCAAUAACCCAAACGACGUAACAGGCAACGCCCCUGACACUCCCGAAGAAGAAAAAAACACCAACUUAUGUUUAUGUUAUGUUAUGACUCAGUCAGGCGCUCGCUCACUCAGUACGCGCUGAAGGCUCGUUGCAAAAUGGCCAAUGCGUUUAACAGACUAGAAAAAGAAGAUGACUCUCAAACAUAUUGUUUGAGAUGCAUGAUUCCAUCUAUGAGCUGCUCGAUCAGAGUGACAUGAGAGCCCCUCCUUAGAACAUUAUUUGUAAAUCCAUGUUAUGGUAAGUGUGCACGUGAAGUCUUUGCACACUUUCUGAAAUCCACACUGUGGUAAGUUUGCACACUACACUAGUGCUCUGCAUUCUUUCUAAAAUCCUAUAUAGUGAGGGCUUCGCGCGGUUGCUUCAUUGCUUUAAAAAAAAAAAAAACACCAGCGUGAAUACUUGAAACAUGUCAA